UGCCUGGAAUGUUUACCCUUGCAGAAGUUGCAUCGCUUAAUGACAUUCAGCCAACCUAUCGUAUCCUGAAACCAUGGUGGGAUGUAUUUAUGGAUUAUCUAGCUGUUGUUAUGUUAAUGGUUGCCAUUUUUGCUGGAACCAUGCAGCUGACCAAAGAUCAGGUGGUCUGCUUGCCAGUUUUGCAGUCUACUGUAAAUUCAAAAGCACAAGCCGGCACAUCAGGGAAGGCUGACGUUACCACUGUUGAGACAACCACUGGUCAAGCAGAAGCUGCAUCAAUGAGAACGGUUUCCUCUGGAAGUGCCCCUACUGUCACACCUGAUGUACCUCUGAGCAGAGCUACCUCUUCUCAGUACCAACCCACUGAAUCGGGUCAGGCACUGAAGAAGGAGCAGAAAGAUUCUUCAGGCCGUAAAACCAAUUUGGAUUUCCAGCAAUAUGUAUUUAUUAACCAAAUGUGCUAUCAUUUGGCUCUUCCUUGGUAUUCAAAAUAUUUUCCCUAUCUUGCCCUCAUCCACACUAUUAUUUUAAUAGUCAGUAGCAAUUUUUGGUUCAAGUAUCCCAAGACCUGCUCCAAAAUAGAGCAUUUUGUGUCCAUACUGGGUAAGUGCUUCGAGUCCCCGUGGACUACCAAGGCGUUGUCUGAAACAGCGUGUGAGGACUCUGAGGAGAACAAGCAGAGGUUAACUGGUGCCCAGUCCCUGCCCAAGCACGUUUCCACUAGCAGUGAUGAAGGCAGCCCAAGUGCCAGCACUCCCAUGAUAACAAAAACUGGCUUCAAGUUUUCGGCUGAAAAGCCGGUGAUCGAGGUUCCCAGUGUGACUAUUUUGGACAAGAAAGAUGGAGAGCAAGCCAAAGCGCUCUUUGAGAAGGUCCGCAAGUUCCGUGCCCACGUGGAGGACAGCGACUUGAUUUACAAGCUCUAUGUUGUCCAGACUGUCAUCAAGACCGUCAAGUUCAUCUUUAUUCUCUGCUAUACUGCAAACUUUGUCAAUGCCAUCAGUUUUGAGCACAUCUGCAACCCAAAAGUGGAACACCUGAUUGGCUACACACAGUUUGAGUGUACGCACAAUAUGGCUUACAUGCUAAAGAAGCUGCUUAUCAGCUACAUUUCUCUCAUUUGUGUCUAUGGUUUUAUCUGUCUCUACACCCUCUUCUGGCUCUUUCGAAUACCUUUAAAAGAAUAUUCAUUUGAAAAGGUCAGGGAAGAGAGUAGCUUCAGUGACAUUCCCGAUGUCAAAAACGAUUUUGCAUUUCUUCUGCACAUGGUAGAUCAGUAUGACCAGCUGUAUUCUAAGCGGUUCGGUGUCUUUUUGUCGGAGGUAAGUGAGAACAAGCUACGGGAAAUCAGCUUAAACCAUGAGUGGACUUUUGAGAAGCUGCGGCAGCAUGUUUCCCGUAACGCCCAGGACAAGCAAGAGCUGCACCUCUUCAUGCUCUCAGGGGUCCCUGAUGCAGUGUUUGAUCUCACUGAUCUGGAUGUCUUGAAACUGGAGCUGAUUCCUGAAGCAAAAAUCCCAGCAAAAAUCUCCCAGAUGACAAAUCUUCAGGAGCUUCAUCUGUGCCACUGCCCUGCAAAGGUGGAGCAGACUGCCUUCAGCUUCCUCCGGGACCACUUGAGAUGCCUUCAUGUGAAAUUCACAGAUGUUGGAGAAAUUCCUGCGUGGGUGUAUUUGCUCAAAAACCUCCGUGAAUUGUACUUGAUAGGCAACUUGAACUCUGAGAACAAUAAAAUGAUAGGGCUUGAAUCUCUUAGAGAGCUGAGGCAUCUUAAAAUUCUCAAUGUGAAGAGCAACUUGACCAAAAUUCCCUCCAAUAUCACGGAUGUGGCACCACAUCUAACAAAGCUAGUUAUUCAUAAUGAUGGCACUAAGCUUGUGGUACUGAAUAGCCUUAAGAAGAUGAUGAAUGUUGCUGAGCUGGAACUACAGAACUGUGAACUGGAGCGAAUUCCCCAUGCCAUCUUCAGUCUCUCCAACUUACAGGAACUGGAUUUAAAGUCAAAUAGCAUACGCACAAUUGAAGAAAUCAUCAGUUUCCAGCACUUGAAGAGGUUGACUUGUUUAAAGCUGUGGCACAAUAAAAUAGUCAACAUUCCUUCCUCCAUUACCCACGUAAAGAACUUGGAGUCACUUUAUCUCUCCAACAAUAAACUCGAAUCCUUACCAGCCGCAGUGUUCAGUUUACAGAAACUUAGAUGCUUAGAUGUAAGCUACAACUCCAUUGCAGUGAUUCCAAUAGAGAUAGGUUUGCUUCAAAAUCUGCAGCAUUUUCACAUCACAGGAAACAAAGUCGAUAUUUUGCCAAAACAGUUGUUUAAGUGUGUUAAAUUGAGGACUUUGAGUCUGGGACAAAACUGCAUUACCUCAAUCCCAGAGAAGGUCGGUCAGCUGCUGCAGCUAACUCACCUGGAACUGAAGGGAAACUGCUUGGACCGUCUGCCAGCCACGCUGGGGCAGUGUCGGCUUCUCAGGAAAAGCGGGCUGGUGGUGGAGGAUCACCUCUUUGACACGCUGCCCUCGGAAGUUAAAGAGGUGCUGAAUCAAGACACGAGCAUUCCCUUUGCUAACGGGAUUUGAGCGGAAGUGAAAUGCUCGAGUUACUGACUUGGGAACAGCAAAUGCUAAAAAGUAGGGGUAUUGUAAGAUCAUGCGUUUUAGAAACAGGAAUUCCUUGGAAGGCAGGACUUAUUAGCAGGAUUAUAAAAGAUGUAACUGAGUGUUCAGUGUUUGCAGUGUUUUAAAAGAUUAUUUCAUGAUUUUUUUGAAAGGAUAAAGAACCUUAAUAAUCUCAAUUCUUUUUUUCCCUGAAUUGUUUGUAACUUGGAUGCUGCCGCUUUUGAAUGUUUACAAAUUUGCUUGCCCGCUUAAAGUAAAUGAUUAAAUUGAU